CAGAACCUGCAGUUUCAGUUUGUUUUAUUCACCAUUUUGUGUAGCUGAGGGUAAAAUUAAACUAAAAUUCAUUUUAAAGCACAUUUCUUCCUUUUAUUUUUUGUUUUACGCGUGGAAUUGGGCGAUUUUUUUUGUGACGUUGCAUCACGCCUAUAAUCGCAAAACUGAACAGAAUCAUUUUUAUUUGGCUUGGAUUUUUCUCUUUUUACAUUUUUUAACCUCUACAGUAUUUCUGCAAAAUGUCAAGACCAGUGAGGAACAGGAAGGUCGUGAAUUACUCACAGUUCCAAGAGUCCGACGACGCAGAUGAGGAGUAUGGCAGAGACUCGGAGAGAGCCAAAAAGAUGCGGGCCGCCCCGCGCGAAGUGAAGCAGAAGAAGAGGCCGGGGAAGAACUCUCAGGAGGACAGUGACGAUUCUGAUGAUAAGCUUUCAAAAUCCAAAAACGAUUCAGCUGAUGACUUCGGUAGUGAUGAAGACAAUGACUUUGGGGAGGAGGAGGAGGAAGAAGGGGGCAGCGACUAUGACUCCAAAAGGGGCAAGAAGGGAAAGAAAGUAGGCAGAAGGUCGCUGAAGAGGAAACGAGAUGCAGACGACAGCGACGAUGACCGCGAGGUGAGCAAGAAGGUGCGGCAGGUGCGGCAGGCGGCCUCGAAGGCGGUGUCCAAACAGCGAGAGAUGCUGCUGGGAGACGGGGGCAGCGAGGACGAAGAUCGCGAGGAUGACGAGCAGGCCUUCAUGGACAAGUCAGAGGGCAGCGACGAGGACUUCAUGGUUGACGAUGACGAUGACAGCGACUACGGCCACUCCAAGAAGAGGAGCAAGAAGGUGAUCAGGAGAAGUAGGCCCGAGAGGAAGGAGAAGAAAUCCCCCAAACCCAGACUAAAGGCCACAGUGACCCCCAGCCCCAUGAAAGGCAAGGGGAAGGGCCGUCCCAGUGCAGCCAAGGCCCUGGAGAAGUCCUCGCCCAAAGACGAAGGGGACCAGGAGAGCGCCCCCGAGGAAGAGGAGGAGGACGAGGUGGAGAAGAGAGAUUCCCCUCCCCCCAAGAAGACAGAGGAGGCACCUGAGGAAGAGGAUGACGUAUCGGAAGAGGAAGCACCCUCUGGGGAAGACUAGCCGGUUCCCCGCAGCAAAACCCUUCCUCUGUUUUACCUUUUUAGUCUUUAGGUCUUUUCUCCCCCUCCUUUCUUUUUCUUUUUUUUUUUUUUUCUUUCCUCCUUCCUUUCUUUUUUGUUCUUUAGCAUUAGAGGAUUUCAGUUUCUGUAUUGGCCUGGCUCAAUGGUUUGGACAUUUUUGCCUUUAUAUAGCAUUUCUUUAAGGAUUUUUGAGUGUGUGUGUGUGUGUGUGUGCGUGCAUGUGUGGUAGAACGAGUGACUGGCGAACAGAACAGAGCCUAUUUUACAGACGUAGGAACACAAACACACCUGUGUCUGUUUGACAAGGGCAGCUGCUUAUCAGAGAUUCUUAAUCAAUGUUGUUGUUGUUUUGUUUUUUUCCCUCCACACUGAAUUUGAAGCUGUAACCUAGUUUGUAUGAAAAGAUGAGUGGAUGGAUUAGAACAAAUUUCUUUUAGGGUUUUAAAAUGUUAAUAUUAAGAUCAAUGCUAAUUGUUGUCAGUCUUCACCCCAGUUAGCGCUAGUAAUGGGCUUGGUAAAUCUUGGUAAAGCUGAUUAAUUACAUGAGCUCCUGAUUUUUAAAGAUAUUUUUUACAGCCGUCCAACUAGCAGGUAGUUUAGGGGAAAGGCCACAUGUUGAAAAGCACUGGUGGCCUCCUGAAUGAUUGUAACAACACUGUUAAGCUGGCUUGAGUGUCAGUGAAACUUCAACGGUGUUAUCCAUGGAAAAUCAGUUCAGUUCUACUCAAAAGUCCCAGCAGGCAUCUUCAUUGAUAUCGAGUGGCAGAAAAAACUAUUUAAUCAUGAUGCUGUUUAUCUUUUAUAAAAUGUAAAAACACUAUCCAUCUUCAGUCAGUUCCCCUAAUUCACUGUUGAUGAACAGUUAUUUUCAGACGAUGCUGUAUACGUCUGUGUGUGUGUGUGUGAGAGUGUGUGUGUCUGCGUGUGUGUGCGCGCAUUGAGUUUUAUUUUGGCUGCUUUAACUAGUGUAGCUAAAGGUACUCGGUCAAAGGGGUAAAAAAAAAAAACCUGCUCAAUAUCAGUCCCUCUGAAAGAAAAUGUGACUGCUUUAAACAUUUAUGGAAUUAAAUUGAAUACUUAACCUUUACCCUCGUGUUAUUAAGCUGAAGCUACAUUCCUGUAUUUGAGAGCUUAUUGCAUCGUUGCGUAGGGGACAUGUUGAUCUGUGUACACAAAUGCAGUAUUUUAGUGUUAAUGUAAGGGAGAUGGAAGAGCUGUGUGAAUGACCUGGACUCCACCUCUAAUCUGUGAUGAUUGAGCACAGGCUACAAUGACGGCUGUGUCAUACACUGCCCUGGCAUGGUGGCAGAGAAGCCUUAUGGCAUAAAGGGCCGACUUCGUCCACAUGGGGGCAGCGUUGCUAUGUUUUUCUUCUUCAUUUGUUCAGUAAACAGUUUUGAACUAUUAGCUGCUGACAUUUCUAAUAGACAUAAUAGAGAUGGUGGAAGCUUUGUGGGGUCUUGCGUGCUUAAGCCAGCAGCUGAUGUUGUGUGAUCAUGGCCAAUCCAGUUCUCGGGUACAGGUGCAUUAAAAGGCCCCUCUGGGUGCGUCCUCUGGGAAAAUAAACUCAAGAGAAAGUGUGUUGUUGGACUGUCAAGUACUUGGGAGUAUUUACAAACUGCUCAUGCAGUUUUUGUGCUUCAAGUAUUCAACAUCCAACUGUACUUCCUCUUUUAUUUUCCUACAAUCAGGAAAUGCUGAACUUUUUUUCACCAGAUUGUUUAAAACCAGAUAAUAGUUUUUUUAACACACACACACACACACACACACACACACACAGUAAACCGUAAGGCAAUGCUGCAUCGUGUAAUAAAUCUGAAAUGAAGAGGGGCCUUUGUAGCUGUCCCAGACGUGGCAUCUAUCAUGGUUCAAGCCUUUGUGCCAGGCAUCAUUUAUGUUUUAUUUGAUUUUCACAAACGUCCUUCUGUUUGCUUUUAUUGCUUUUAUUUUUUGUUUUUGUUUUUAAUUUUCUUCAAUUCAGAUUUUUUGUAAUGUUUGUUUUUUAUGAAAAAAAAUAAAAUGUAUCUUGAUUUUAAAGAAAACAAAAAAAGCUAAAUCAUAUCUCUUUACUAAAGAAUUUGGAAAGGGAGGUUGAAUGGGUCAGUCAUAAAAGGUUCUGACCGUGCACCUGUUCUGCCCUGCUGGUCUCACAUCUGAUGUUUUCUCCCCAGGUCAUUGUCACGGUUACCCCUGGUGGAAAACUGAAGUUCAUAGCCUUUGUGGGAAUGUUUUAAAUUACUCCAGCUGUGUGUUGCGAGUUCACCACAUUUUUCUCCUGGUUAAGAUGUUUUCGACAUGCAACAAAUAUCUCCAAGAGUGAAGUGGAAUUAUCGUUGUGAAUUUUUUUCAAUGCCUGUAUAUUGUCCUCAGUAAAAGCUGCUAAGUUUUCAUUUAGUCCUUCAGAAAAGCUUUUGUCUCUUACUCAAUCUCACUCUCUCUCUCACUCACUCUCUCUCUCUUGCUCGCUCUCUCUCGUGAUCUGUUUCAUUGUCGAUGCCUUAAUUUGUGUCUUGUCCAGCAAAUGGUGACAUGACAGAAGAAUGACAUGGAGAAUGGGGAGAGAUUAACUGGAGGUAGACCCAAGUGUGGAUGGUUCAGGUGUGUGGUGGCAGAAGCAACCUUCAUGUUGCAUGAAGACUGAUGCCAGCGACUUUGGAGAUUGAGUCCAGUGUUCCCUGUGGUUGGGAUGACCUCGGCUAACGCAACGUUCUUGCAACAUUGAGAAGAUGUUCUGUAACCAAGGACAACAUGACUUGCUGCAAUCCGGUACAAGUUUUCUGUACUGUAUGGUCCGUUGCAGUCACACUGUUGUUUUUCUUUUAUUGCUGUUCUUCUCCGAUAUAUUUGAAUUAAAAUUCCACUGUUGAGUUUACUCGAUUACAGAAAGCGCAAAGCGUGGAAGUUGAAAUGCAGCAGCAACAAAGAAUCUUGUAAUUACUGUUAAAUGAAACGACCCAAAAAUUGUAUCCUGUGGUUUUUGUGUUUUCAUAGUUUGACGUGCAACUGGACAACAAUUGCUCACAUUUCAUCUGUUUCAGAUGGGCAGAUUGUACUUGAGUACAUUCACCUGUGUCAGUAGACCGUUGUAUAAACUGAGGACUGUCUGAGGCUGUAUUGGAAAUUGAGGCGUUUCAUUUACCCAGAUUGACUCUUUUAUGCUACAGUCCCAUUGAUGAAGAGGUUUGACCGUUUCAGUGAUUGUCCAAUAAAAUGCGUUCUGUAGCAUCCAUUCCUUUUACUAAAAAUCAUGCUCGUGUGCUUUGCCCAGGCUAUGUAUGAUGGACAUUUUCAAGGGUGAGGGGCAAUGUCUAAGACCAAGCCUUCUUACCCAAAUAGUACCUGACUUUUUUUAUUGGUUGGGUACGACGGAUGGUACAUCCUUUGCGUGGCCCAUCCUACAUUCUCUGCUGAUGAGCCUGCUAUCUUUAGUUUGCUUGUGCAAUGUUUUAUAUUGUGCGCCAAAGCAAUGUUCAUGUCCAAUUUACCCUCUGAUUUUGUUGAGCGCUGCGAAGAGCACUGCAAGUUGAGUAGUAUGAUCAUAACUUUCACAAGCUACUCGAGUCCCUCGGUUUUCUAAAUAUAAACCAAGCGCUUUUUGUACUCUGAAGCUUGCAGCAUAAUGGAACAGGCAGGUCACUGGCCUUUGAAUAGAUUACUCUAGUGCCAGGACGUAAGUUGUGUGAGGUAGGUUUCUUUGGAGUGUGCUCUGUUACAAAGAAGCGUUUUGCCUCGGUAGCAAAUGACUGUUCAUGGAUGUUUAGCCACUGCAGUCAAAUUGGGGACAAAAAUGGUGCUGGUGGAUGUGAUUGGGAGGAAAAAGGCCACUGCAUCCAAACGGGUGACCCAUGCAGAGCUGCUUUUAGAUUCUGACACACUGGCCAGUGCACCCUCUCGGAUGUUCAUUUUUAUAGUGCUGCAGAUGACCAAGAACAAACACAUUUUUCAAGAUUGAAACUUGAGAUUAUGACCACAAGUAAGUGGUGAAGACCAAAACCAGUUCCUGGCCUUGAGUGUCUAUUCGUCUGCAAAUGCGAUAUCUUAAAAAGUUGAUGAAUGAUUUUAAUAAUUUCCAAAUGGGGUAAAUACAUGUUUUUUGAAAUCCUGUAAGUAAAUUUACACAAUUAAAAUGCUUUUCCCUGAUUGCAAUCAUCAGAGUGAGGGACGUGUAUGAACACUUGUUAACGUAGAGUUCCUUUCUGACAGACUCAGAAUUGGGGGGUAAAUUAAUUGUAAAGCCAUGUACACAGUUGUGAUGAAUGUCAAUGUUUUCUUUUGUGUAGAAGCUAAGCUAGUUCAUGGGACUAUUGCUCUUGACUAUUCCCCAAGAAAAGAAAAGAAAAUCUACUAAAUGUCCUUGAGAGAAACUGAGUAACAGGUCAGCGAAUCAUGAAGAGGCAUUUGUUUUGAUGAAGGGAAUCCGUUUUAUACAGCUUUUAAGUGAACACAUAAACAUUGUGCUUGGUAUGGGAUUUUCUUUCUAAACGGCAGUUGUUUUCAGGUUGACAAGAAAGAAAAGUGGAACAAAUACAGUAAUAUUUGUGUGCUGGCAAUGUAACCAUGCCAAUGUGAGUCCUGCUGGUAAGGGUAUAAAAAAAAAAAAAAAGCAUUUGUCAAUAAUGUCUAAAAGGAGUAAACUGGUAAACUGCUGAAUUGUUGUGCAUGUUUUGGAAAGAUGUGGGGAUGGCAAUACAGUGGUCCAUGGUAUUAAUGAUGACAAUGAUGUUGAUGAUUAAUGGUUUCCCAGCUUCUAAUAAAAGCAACCUACUUUUUA